AUGUAUGAGACUGAACUAACCGCUGUCAAAGGGUUUGCGUUUACAUCAUCCAAGCUCCUGUUGGUCGGAGAGAGUCUCUCGCGCUUGAGAGUUAGAAACGAGCAGCGGCUUGCGGUUCGGACGAAUCAUUACAGCAUUUGCAACAUCGAUGUGAUGAGUCCUACCUUCAGAUUAGUCUGUGAUUUUGUGCAAUCAGCUGUGGCAGCUGCACAGAGUAGAAUUGACAGCCAUCUGGAAGCAUAUGUACCCCCUCCUAUCUUGGAUAGUACGACCAUCGGAGGUAGGCAUAGUCCUGACUCGCUUGAUGGAAAAGUCAGAGACAUAUCAAGCAGCCAAAAGCCUACUUUGGAUUUGAGCGAGACCAGAAAAGAAACCUAUUUGCGGAUUUCCGACUUUGCCAUCUCACGAAAAGAUCCACAGCUGCCAUGUCAUAUCAUACCCUUCCAGCGCAACAAGAACUUCUAUGGCAGAACCGAGGCUCUACAUCAAUUGGAUGAUUUUUUGGUCCCUUCCGAUGACGAUUCCACAAGAGAUCAGGGCGGCCAGAAUGAAGAGCUGCGCACAUUCGCAUUGUGUGGACAGGGUGGUGUAGGAAAAACACAAAUCGCCACAGAAUUUGCAUACACACACACAGAUACGUUUGAUGUUAUCAUUUGGCUCCAUGCUGAAGAAUCGUCAAGACUCGAAACUGACUUUGGUCGUAUUGCCAUUGAGCUUGGUUUGGCGUUGGAAGCCUCGCAGGAGGCCAAGGAUCCAGCCCUCAUGCGCGAGCUGGUCAAGGGUUGGCUCACGAAGCCAGUCAGGUCAUAUAACAGACUGGAUAACAUCUCAAAUGGGGAAGCAUCAUGGCUGCUCAUCUAUGACAAUGCCCAGGAUAGAGAGCUCUUGGAAGACUUUUGGCCUCCAACUGGCAGCACUGGCUCGGUCCUCAUCACGAGUCGCGACCCUCUCGCCAGAACCAAAUUCUACCUCAUCUCCGACGGAAUUGACCUUCAGCCCUUUGGGACCGAGAUGGCGGCUGCAUUUCUGUUAAAUCUUACCUGGCGAAGCGACGAUGAGAACGAAAGAAACCUUGCAGUCACGGUUGCUGAAAGGCUUGGCGGGUUGCCUCUCGCCUUGACGCAGAUGGCCAGUGUUAUGAUCCGCCAGGUUCUGUCGUUUGAAGAUUUCCUGGCCCGGUAUGAGGAAGAAGAAGCCCGUCUCUCAUUACUGAGACUUUCAUAUGAGUCACGCAGGAAGACUGAGGAAUACCCACACACCGUUGCCUCGGUCUGGGCUCUAGAAAGUCUUCAAGAAGCUUCGGGUCUACUAGAUUUUAUGGCUCUACUUGAUCCCGAAAGUAUACCGGAAGAGAUAUUGCAGGCCGUGAUGAAGGAUAAUAAGAUGGGUGAUUAUCCUAGCUCUGUGACCGCAUACCAGCACGCAAGGACUGAGCUCGUCAAAUCGUCAUUGAUAUCAAUCAUGGCCAAUGCAAAGUGUUUCACUAUCCAUCGUCUUGUCCAAGAUGUGGCACUGGCCAGAAUGAGCCCCGAAAGACUACACGCAUGCUUUUCGGCGUGCGUGACCUCGCUAACAGCCAUUUGGCCGUCUGCGGGCUUUGGCAUUCGUCAUGAUAUCAAACGGUGGCCUAAAUGCGAAGAGCUAGCCCCUCAUGUGCUGCGGUUAGAAAAACGCUUCAAACGUACUUCUGAGGAUGUUAAGAGGUCAAUGAUGAGGAAUAUCGAUUUUGCAAACCUUCUCAAUGAACUAGGAUGGUACUUCCAGGAGCGUUCGAUCGUAGAAGAGGCAAGAGAUGCAUUCAGCUUCGUCCAGGCUAAUUUGAAAACCGUACUUGCAGACAACGCCGACAACAAAAAUGAACCAACCCUCUCCCCCGAAGAGCUGGGGAAAGCCUCGUUCCUCUUAGCCGAAACAUACCGCAACCUAGGGUGCCACGCAGCAGAAAUCAACCAAUUCGCGAUGGCCAAGUCGUGCUUCGAAACCUACAAUACAAUGAUGAUUGACAAGUUCCACGACACGCCGCCUGGCGAUGACCCACGGCUUAUGGUGUCAUAUGUCGAGCUUGCCACGGCGCAUAUCAUGAUCGAGGAUUGGCCCAACGCCGUCCGGUGCAAUCUUAAGGCCCUCGAGGCUGCAGAGAAACUGACUGACCCCUUCAAGGCGAAACAAGGGCGAACUCUACCACUCACCAACCUUGCGUGUACCUAUAUGCUGUCAGAGCGGAUCGAAGAUGCUGGUGACUUGCUCUAUACGGCGUUACGGGAGAGAGAAGAACUCUUUGGCUCAAAUGACCGCCAAUCAAUGCUAACCGGAAGAGUGUUGCACGGCUUAGGAAACUGGGAACAACUGAAAGGCAACCCAGACAAGAGCCUUGAAUUCCACGCCAGAGCUCUCCUCCACUUCAAAGAAACGGUUGGAAACCAUCACCACCGAACCGCCGAUAUGUGUUUCAAAGUAGCAGAACACUAUGCCCGUCUCGAGGAGAGUGAGAAGGCAAUAACACUACUAGACCAAGCCCUCAAAACGUACGCCGAACAGCCCUACUUCUGCGCGGAGCGUGCUCGCGCGUGGUACUUGAAAGGCAAGAUGCUGGUCGCACAGCAACAACAGAACGAAAGCAAGGAGGCCAAGACGUGUUUUGGAGAAGCGGUUCGGCUUUUCCGCCUAGCCAGGCCGGACGAUGGAAGGCCUUUGGAACGACUUGGACAGGAGGAUUUCAACAAUGCGGUGAUUUUCUGGUCUCGUUAA